GCAAAAGAUGGAUGUCAUGCUGAGAACAUUGCUGAUCAGACCUCCGGCCUCCAGCCUCGGUGAUAAGUUGCAGAGCAUCUUGAAGCUGCUACUGGAAUUUACCACUUCUUCAAGCAGAGCUGUGCAGGUAAACGCCGCGGAGAGGAUCUGGAAUCUGUUUGCUUUCCUGUACAACUGUUGCAGUAAAGAGCCAUUUGGACAAUACCUCCAGCCUUCUCAGAGGACAGCCAUCAUCCUCAAGACUCUUGACAUAAUGAGUAGCUACAGCACCGAAGAUGAUGAGCAUUUUGGGGCCGAAUUCAUGGUGGACAUAGCAGUUGAAGACCCUGCCACCUGGCUGAUGGAUGUGCCAAAGAUUCUGAGGUUCAUCCAUGAAAGCCUGAGCAACUGCAGAGAUUCAGACCACCAGAAACUCUUCUCAGUACUUUCCACAAUGGCCAACCAGUUUCCUAGGGAAGUGCUCCUAAGCAUCUUGACAGACCUCCCGACACUUGACAGCACUACGCUGGACAUCUGGAAGGCGAUGCUUUCCCUUCCAGUGACUUCAGAGAAGAUCUUGCAGGAGCUAUGGAAUGUUCUCCAGGACAACGAAGUGUGCAGCUUCUUUGCAGUCAGCGCCGCGGACUUAAGCAUCUUUCACUUUGCUAUGAUGCACCCCAUGGAUCAGCCACUAGUGUAUUUAUGUGUCCCUGAGACGGUUUGCAUGUGUCUGAGGCUUCAAAGCCUGCCAAUGCUCUGGAUGAUGCUCAGAGCCCUCGACAUCUUGUCAGAGAGACCUGAGAUGGGUGGAAAAUUUUUGGUCCUGCUGCCGGACGUGAUGAAUACACUGCAGUAUGACAACACGCACAUCACCAUGAAGGCCCUGACUAUCUUCAAAAAUGUGAUUCGUGAUCUGGAGAAGAAGGAGGCCAGCCCCAUCGCUCUGGCACUGGCUGGGAGACUCCUGCCUCUGUUUAACAAUGUAAGACUGCUGUUGGUGACUGAGCCCUGCAGAUGGGCACCCUGCAAUGGCACUGCCCUUUGGCCCAGGGCUGUGGGCAGCACUCACGCCGGGCCUUCCCCUCUCUCUGCUCCUCUGGGUUAUGGAGGGCUGUCUUCUGGGCUCUGCAGUGCAGCAGGGCUUCUCCUUGUCGAGUUGAGAGCUCUGGGCAGCCAAGGGCUUCUGUUCUGGGGGCAGGAAGAUGAAGGCUGAGUAGUCUUAGAAUGCCCCAGAGGAAUUAUCAAAGGCCAGCUAUGUUUCCUCCUCAGCCCGUUCCCAGUAGAGCUUUGCUUUGACAUGGCUGGUACAGCUACUAGUAAAAGUGGGCCAGCUGGGACUGCACUCUGAGACACAGGCACCCCGUGCAGGAAACCUGUUGCUUUGCCUUGUGCGGGCCUUUAGCUCCUUUGUUCCGAACACGAGGCUUCACCCUUCACAUCAGCCACUCUAAGGCCCUUGCUCCCCAUGGACAGGUCACUGGCUCCCCACUAACGGUCACUGGUGGCCAGUAGUUACCAGUAGCAACGCAUCGCAUGCACGGGGGCACCUAAGGAAAUCUCAGCCUACCCCCGAAUAUACUCAACUCCCAAUGCCAGGACUGACAAUACCUCUCUGUUGGCAAAAGAAAGCGCGAGUCGAGGCCAAUGUCAUACCAUAGCACAAAGGCUUGCUAAGAAAGAUCAUUUGAGUAGCUUUGCAAGAACAGGUGACUUACUUUCUUCUAAGGCUGUCAAACAGAAAGGAUGGAUUUGUAGUAGGGUAGCGACUUCCUCAAAGUCUGCAGCUUCGGCUCCAAAUUCCCAUUUUCUCCACGCACUUGCCUUGCAGCUAUUGCAUCAGCUCUGGUCCUCAGCGUUCUGCUGACUGAAAUGCAGAAACAAACCUACAUUGCACAAAAAGAAGAUUUGCCAGAGGGACAUGCUGAGCCCAUUCUUUGGGCUCAAUAUCAGCAUAGAUACAACUAGAACCACUGACAACAGCAUGAUAAGCACACACUGCAAUGCGAAAUAAUGGGAACAAAAGCAAGGAGGCCAUGUAGGUUAUCUUCUUUCCCAAUUGGUUUUACUUUAUGGAAAAAUGCUAGAACAACCUGGUUGGUCUGGAAGAACAGCAGCAGGUAGAAAGGUACCCUUCAUCAUUUAACAUGACCAAAAUUACUACCUUGGCUAUUCUUCCCAAUAGUGAGGGAACUGGAUGGUGACAAAGAUGAAACAAUUGCUGGGAUUGUGGACUUAAUGAAUCAACUGAUCUCCAAAAAGUUCUCAAAACAUCCAGCGUACUACCUCAAAAUAUAGGAAGGCUAUUUUGAUGAAAUGUUCUCUAUGGCACAAUUCUGCUUUAAGGAAAAAAAUCUUUCUGUAUACACACUGCAUAAUAUAGAAGCUAGGAAGGACCUAGGUGAUUUUCAGAAAAUUUCCAACACUAAGACUUUGGGGAAUAAUAAAGACCAGUUAUAAUGUUUUCUAUAUUAGAUAGUAAAGUAUAAAAAUAGUACCAUGUAACAGAGAAGUCAGCUCAAGAUAAAAAAAAGUAAAAAUAGAUUCCAAAGAUGAGAGUGUUCUACUAUCGAUUUUCAAGUAUCCAGGGAAAAAAAAAAGUGCCUCAUAAAAAAAAAAAAAAAAAA